CAGACCCAGGCGAGAUCUAAAUUCACUCUCUUGCAGCCUCUCGCUGGCCCCACUUGGCAGCUCUGUGCCCAACGCCACUGCUGAAAUUCAGGUAUCCAGGUUGAUACAAGUCGACCACCAGAACAAGAUCCUACCAUGUCUGUGCUAAAUGCAGUACCUUUCAUGAGGCCCAUCCACUUGCGUUCCCCGCGCCAGCAGAGACGCCACACACUGCCCGCCAGUGAAUUCCGCUGCCUCUCCCCAGAGGACGCUGUCAGUGUUUUUGAGAUAGAGAGAGAAGCAUUCAUAUCCGUCUCUGGAGAAUGCCCCCUUCAUCUGGAUGAAGUACGACAAUUUCUGACCUUGUGCCCGGAGCUCUCGCUGGGGUGGUUUGAGGAAGGAAGGCUGGUGGCAUUUAUCAUUGGGUCAUUGUGGAACCAGGACAGGCUGAGCCAGGAUGCACUCACCUUACACAAACCAGAAGGCUCCUCCGUCCAUAUCCACGUCCUGGCUGUGCACCGUACAUUCCGCCAGCAAGGCAAGGGCUCUAUCCUGCUGUGGCGUUACCUCCAGUACCUGCGCUGCCUGCCUUUUGCCCGACGGGCCGUCCUCAUGUGCGAAGACUUCCUGGUCCCCUUCUAUUCCAAGUGUGGCUUCAAGGCUGUCGGACCCUGUGACAUUACAGUGGGACCCCUGACCUUUAUUGAAAUGCAGUGCCCAGUUCAAGGUCAUGCCUUCAUGCGCCGAAACAGCGGCUGCUAGCCCCCCUCCUCCUCUUUUAACUCCCAUGUUCACCCCUGUGCAGCUGGAGGGGCCAGUGAUGUGCUGCAGAGCAGUGUCUUCCUGGCCCAAAUGAUGGCAGAGGGGCGCGAGGAACAGCUACAGGGGCAUCUGAAGGUCACUCUUUAGCAUUACAGAUGGGAAAUGGUUAAUAACCUGCAGUGCAUGUUCAUAUCAAACUGUAGCCCCUUUUUGUGCCCAUUCACUCACUAACACAUCUGCAACUGCUUAUGUAAAACCAUUGUAUAAAACAGCCUCCCCCAUACCCACCUGUCACUGUACAAAAUCCACUCAUAAAUGUAUCUCAAUAAAUAUGCUUUUGUACUAUCA